AGGAGACUGUUCCUAGCCAAGGAGUCUAAGUGACUGCCUCAAGGACCAUCGACAUCGUUGGCGACAUAGGCCUAGUAUCCCCGUUUCCUUGCAUACAAAAACCCUCAUGUGCGUCCCUCUGUAUCUCUCUCAGCUAGCAGACUAGAGGAGCAGACCGUAGGGGACUGCUUUCCUCUGCUCCCCCCACCUUCGCUUUUAUCUUUUCCCCUCCCCUCCCCUCCCCGUUUUCGUUCAGGCGCGGCGAAGUCGCUCGGUGUUUGUGAGGAGGAAAAGACAGAGAGAACACCGGGGCCUUCGCGCCGAUUCUGCUCCGCCCCCCAGUUCUAUAAGAGGCGGCGGCCGCAACUCGGCCUGAGGUUUUGCUCUUCAUCGUAGCCAGUCCGUGUGGAGGAAGGAGGGGCCGAGAGCCGCCAGCGCGUUGCUGCCUCACGAUGCCUUCAAUCAAACUGCAGAGUUCUGAUGGAGAGAUAUUUGAGGUUGAUGUUGAAAUUGCAAAGCAGUCUGUAACAAUCAAGACUAUGUUGGAAGAUCUAGGAAUGGAUGAUGAAGGGGAUGAUGAUCCUGUCCCUCUUCCAAAUGUUAAUGCAGCUAUAUUAAAAAAGGUGAUCCAGUGGUGUACCCAUCAUAAAGAUGACCCACCUCCUCCUGAGGAUGAUGAGAACAAAGAGAAACGAACAGAUGACAUCCCUGUUUGGGACCAAGAAUUUCUUAAAGUAGAUCAAGGAACUCUCUUUGAACUUAUCCUGGCUGCCAACUACUUAGACAUCAAAGGUUUACUUGAUGUGACAUGCAAAACUGUUGCAAAUAUGAUUAAGGGGAAAACACCAGAAGAAAUCCGCAAGACUUUCAAUAUCAAGAAUGACUUCACUGAAGAGGAAGAAGCUCAGGUACGCAAAGAGAACCAGUGGUGUGAAGAGAAGUGAAGUCUUGUGCCUGAUAUCUAACACUGUAAGGAUCGUUCCAAAUACCAAGUUGCACUGCUCUGUUUAUAAUUGUUAAUAUUAGACAAAUGCAGCAGCAAAUGAAGUUAUGCUAGUAGAGUGGUGUUCUCUGCAUGUGUAAUGUUUGAAUAUAGAUUUAAAAUUCUAUGGUUGAGUUUUUACCAGUGUAAUCUGAUGUCCUUACUUUUCCUCUGCUCUGAAUAAAAUUGAACUAAGUGUGGACUUCUUAUGGCAAUUUGCACUGCAAGCUAGCCUUUCCAUGUAUCACUGUAACAUUAAAAUAUGUAGGAUGUCAGAAAUUCAGAAACCUCUGGCAUUGUAAAUAAAACCACUUGCAAAAGUUUUCUGAAACAUAA